AUGAGGAGGAUCAUCUCAGGAUUGAGACACUCCAUGCGAGGGUCUGCGUCACCUACGCCGGGCACGACCCCAGAUCCAGCUCUAUCGGCGACAGCGGGUCCAGUUGGCCCACACUCGACUAUCUCCCAGUCUAAAGGGGCGGGAUUAGUACCCGUAACAGUAGACCCGAGGGGAAAGUUAACUGGCGAUAUCAUCUAUCGUAAUGCACCGGUAGAAGACCUCCCACCCGAAGUUCGACAUCACCUUCUUUCUAUGCUGGAACUGGAAACACUGAGGGCGCUACUUUAUGCGUCUCCUGUCUAUCACCAGCAAUAUCUGUUAGCGCGCAAGCGCUUGCUCUGCAAAAGCUUGGAGACAACAUUGCGCACCGCUACUAUCGACGCUUGUGCUGUUUAUCAGUCUGGCCUGGUCGACUUUCCUCACUCGCGCACUAAAGAGAAAGUCAAUACGUUUCUUCAAUCCUACCAGGACCAGCGGGGUUCAUCCCUGUAUUCAGUACCGAGCAAAACUUGUAGCGUUGAUGAGCUCGUGGCCUUAGCGGUGUUCUACUUCUCAAUCGUCAAACCACUGGCACAAUACUACACUAGCUGGGCGCUGGGCAAUCUUGCCACAGAGACCGGUAACCCACGAAGUAACGAGCCUUUAAGCCAGGUGGAGGAGACACGACUAAUACGUGCCCUGUAUCGGUUCCAGCUCUGCUGUAACCUGUUCGGAGCUGGCUGCCACAAGUCCUCACAGAUGCAAAGACUGAGCUUCGACUCUGUGGAAAUCGGGACGAUAUUCUUAGACUUAUUCGAGCCUUGGGAGGUCGAGGAAAUCUCCUGUAUCUACACCUUCGCCAAGGAAAGAUAUAACCAGAUCUUUAACGACAUCCGCUGGGAUGUCCAUGAAGAGAACCCCAAGUUUGAAGGACAACGGCCACCCACCCCUGAAGGAGCAUUUGACCUAGAUAAUAGUUGGAUCAGGGAUAGUCUCCUGAAAGGAACAAUCUCCUGCGGUCUUGGCCUCUUACAUAUGGUCAUCUUUAAGAUGAAGGACCACAAACAUCUAGUCACGACGAUGCAACAGCACAUAUCGUGGCCGGCAGGCAAUUUCCUCGAGGGUGAAGCCUUAGGCGAAUCAGCACAAUCCCAGCGACGCCAGGAUCACCCCUCGAAUCGGGACUUGCGACAGGAGAGAGGUGACCCGCUCCCAUUCCAAGGAGAUGAAGUCCCCGAGACAAAUGGAGUACGUCCACCUCUGGCCUGGACCCUGAUAUGGAAGGGAUCGUACAGCAACCUAUACGGAUACUACGUGCAGGAUACCAUCCGCCGCUGGGGAUAUGUUAUUUGGGAUGCGACGCGACUCGACCGCACCGGCGCAAGAGAGCUUUUGGCACGACAGUGGGAGGCGGAUUGGGGGGACACUGAUCCAAGAGAUAAUCUGCUGUAG